UCUACCUUUAUAAAGUUACCUUUAAGACUCGUAUCAAGGCAUGGGAUUUAUGUGUUAGCUAGAGCAAGUUCAAAAUGAGAGAACUACUUCUUCAGUGUGCCAAAGUGCUGUGGGAUUUCGCAAGACUGAAUGAAACCAUCGUAAAGGUAAUGAAUCCUUCCUUGAGAUCGUCAUUUGUUAUCUUCCAAUUUAAAUUCGAUUAUUGUGGAAUUAUCAAUCUGUUACCUAACUUAGCACAGAUCAAUCUAAAUUUAACACAUUAAAUUGAUCUACUUAGCCGUGUCGACUAAAUCUUAUAGCCUUUUUUUUUUUACAGCCUUGCAGAAAUUUUAACAAGUGGGCCUAGGUGUAAAAGUAAAAGCAUUUAAUUUUUUAAAUAUAAAGUUUAGUUAACUCGCUCAAUUUUUUAAAAGAAACUCUCUACGUUAUAUGGGAUAUGGUAGUUGAAUGUUACUAAGGAAGGGAUCGAUAAGGCUCAUUGAAAACAUAAUAGAUAGGCUAUCUGAUAGCCGCCUAUAGGCCUAAUAGUAAUUAAGACAAGUUCACCGUUUUAGCCACAUAGUAAAUUUGUUUUAACAAAUAUAAGUUUCAACAUUAUACCAAGCUGGGGCGUAGCUAUUAGAUUUUUCGCCCGGGGCGAAGUAUAAAAUUGGCGUCCCCCCCCCCCCUUUUCCCGUUUAAUUACAUUUCUGAUAAUUUCUCUAUUACAUUCAAUUAGGAAAACAAUUUAAAUUUGAAUAAAACAUCAUGUUGGCGCCUAUGUAACUUGGCGCCCGGGGAUAUAUAUGUACCCCCUGCCCCCACCCCUCGCUACGCCUCUGAUACCAAGUCAAAUUAGAUAAAAAGCUUUUUAUUAAAUUAAAUGUUGGUUCCUUUGCCAGAUAGUGAAACAGCUUGUGGCGCCCCUCUUCGACUCUUUGUUUCUAAUUCCACAGUUUGCAUAUAUUAGCCUAUAGAGGUUGUGUAGCACUUCUGAUUGAGAGUAGUCUCCAGCUACUGUGCUCACAUGGCUGAGCUGAAUGCCGGAAAUAAUUGAGACUGUUACAUAAUAAUUUCCUUCUAAUACUUAUUUAACUAAAAGGAACGUGUCUAGAUUUCAAUCCGAACUUUUCAAGUUAAAGUCGUUAGAAGUUUGAUGAGAAACAAGGUAGGCUACUGCAGUAAUGCAAUUUUUGUAAUCGCGUCGAGAGUUGUAGAACUUGUCCUCCAUAAUGCCUUGACCAACACGUCGUCUCAGAAAGGAAUCAUCUUCUUCUUUUAAGAAUAAAAAAAAACACACUAUAACCAAACACAUUUUGUUAACAAGAAAAACAAUUAUUGAAAAUAAAAAUAAAAUAAAGCUAGUAAAUAUUGAAAAAAAUAAAUCAAAAUGACAGCGUAUGUCUAAGUUACGGUGACCAGAUGUCCCGGUUUACCCAUAUUUUCGUGAUGUCCGUCAUGGCAGUCAUGGCGUGCCCGGCAAUGUCCCGACCCGUGCGUACUAUCCCUAAGACCGGGACAAAUGCUCCCACUUUAAGAGUAUUUUCUCUGAUGAACACGGGAACACCCAAUAAAAUGGCAACUCAAAGUUGAUGCAUUGAAACAUGCCGGUGAGGUGGUCACAUGCCAUUUCUGUCAUUCAUGUAACAAGUUUGAUGUGAUUAGAACAUCAUGAUGCAUUGAAACAUGCCGGUGAGGUGGUCACAUGCCAUUUCUGUCAUUCAUGUAACAAGUUUGAUGUGAUUAGAACAUCAUGAUGCAUUGAAACAUGCCGGUGAGGUGGUCACAUGCAAUUUCUGUCAUUCAUGUAACAAGUUUGAUGUGAUUAGAACAUCAUGAUGCAUUGAAACAUGCCGGUGGUCAUUCAUGUAACAAGUUUGAUGUGAUUAGAACAUCAUGAUGUCUUGAGAGCUAUCCACUUACCUCACACAUAGACCUACUAGCGACACUAGCGUGUCAUGAUUGGGAAAUAAAUAAUUCCAACCCGCCUGUUAAUCCUUCAUAGGUCUGACAUACGUCCCUUGUGUCAAGUUCUUUCCAUUUUUUUUAACAUCACGUGAUUUGUCACUGUUAGUAGUUACUCGCUCACUGAAAAGCUGUUUUUUUCCUUUAUGAAAAUUGAAAAAUGACAUGUUUACUCUCACACUCGGAAAGUAUGAAUAAGUUCCUCACAAAAAACUUCUGGUACUUUUCCACUUCAUUGUUCACAGAUAUUAUACCUGCGGUUCCUGAUCGACACAACGUAAGCUUUAGGUACGUCCAUAACAUACAGAGGAGUGGUCCCGCCCCCCCCCCCACCCCGGGCCAAUCUGGUCACCGUAUCUAAGUUAAGAUCACCUUUUACCCACGUGUUAGUUUAUUUCUUCAAUUCUGUUUUUUUUUGCUUUUUAAAUUUAACAUACGUGUUUCAAUCACAGAGUGACGUCAUGAUAGUCCUGGGCAAUGAUGACCCACGAUCAGCGGAACAUGCGGCGGAUAUGUUCCUAGAAGGCUGGGCGCCCCUAGUCGUUAUAUCUGGCAAAGAGGGGACAGGGACGAGAGGUAGGCAUUUUGUGUCCCUCUUUUAGAUGUGAAAAAUCAUCUUUGUGUCUGGCGUCGUAGCAACGUUUGAACUCUAGGGGGAGAUAACACAUUAUUAAAAGCCACCCACUAAACCAUCACCCCCCACCCCACCCCAAAGUCUUGUUAAAAAUCUAAUCAAGUGUGAAUCAAAUUUGAUGCCACUAAUUGCAUCGGUAAAUUGGUGUGUGGGCAUGACUAAAUUUGAAAUUCACCAUCUUCCAACGCCCUGAUGCUUGUAUUCAGUGCUAACAUUUUGGAGCAACUUUAUGCUCCGUUUCUGCUCUCAAAUACUUUCGUUUGGAUGAUAAGCAUUUGCUUCCUCUGUCACUCGUAUUGCAGCAAUCAGGGAAAAACUCAAGACGUCGAUGGCUGCAGCCUUUGAUCUUUAUUUCUCUGUUACAGUUGAUUGGUCUUUCACUUGUCUGGUACUCGGCUCUGACUGUCUCUUCUCCUAACCAGUCUCUGACUGUCUCUUCUCCUAACCAGUCUCUGACUGUCUCUUCUCCAGAUUUCUUCCCAGCACCAAUGUUCCCUUUAAACUGCGCGGCUGUGCAGUAAUCUCACAGACGCCGCGCAGCUAAUUUCCACUUAAGUGUGUGUUUGUGCAUGUAGGCUGUAAAAUUUUGCACAUAAAAAAAAUUGAUGCUGUAAAAGUUUGCACACAACUUUAUGAUUUUGCACACGAGCCAACAAACCUUAGAGGGAACAUUGCCCAGCACUAUCUAUUUCGGCACCUGGACUACGAUUUCUCCACGCUUCCUUCUGUCUAAAUUUUAACUAUACACCUCAUUAACUAGCCACCAGCCUCUGCAUUCAGUUGCCUUGAUUUAUUACGGAUUUAUUAUUUGGGGGUCGAAUUACCCUUUCACAGGGGUUGCCUUAGAACAUUGGAAAACACAUCCUUCACAGUUAUGAAGAACCAACGAAAAUAAGUGUAUGGUUCGGGGUCAUCACGACACGAGGAGCUGUAUUAAGGGGUCGUGGCAUUACGAAGGUUGAGAACCACUGGCUUAGAGUAUUUUAUCAGAUAUUCUACCUCUUUAGAGUGCUAUAGCCUAGAAUAACCAAACAUGUGUUGGCAUCAAUUCCAAAAUUAUUAUCACCAGGUGUGUCCUUGUUAUGUAAUGGGGUCCCACUCACCAAGAACCCUAUACCCAAAACAUUUUUCUAACAGAUACAUUCUUUUUCUUCCAUUUUUAAAACAAUUAAAAAAAACCAAAACCAAUGUGUUUUUUUCCUCUGUUUCAUUGAAAGGGAAAUUACCAGAGAACAAAACAGAGGCCCAAGUUUUCUGUGACAUAAUGAGGUCAAAAGGAGUUCCUGAGAAGGUCAUAGUUCUGGAGAUGAAAGCAACAAACACAGGAGAAAAUAUUCAGUACACCCAGAGUCUCUUGUCUGAGAUGGGCGUCUGGCCAAAGUCUGUCAUGAUCGUCACCAAAAGUUUAAUGGAGCUCCGGGCUGCCUUGACCUUCAAGAAACAAUGGAAGGGAUCAGAAUACGUUCAUUUAUGUGUCUCGUCUCCCCCACUGUCCCUCCUCGAGUACCCCAGUCCCCAUGUCGGUACACUGGAUGAGGUCAUAGCGAACCUCCUGGUGCAUUUCCAAAAAUUUACAGACUAUGCAUUGUGUGGUCACCAAGCAGCGGUAGAUAUCCCAAGCCAUGUCCAAAGGGCCUACACUAUGUUG